AUGACGAGGUACACAAAGCUGGACAAGCGGCGGGCCGAGCACGACAAGCAGCGGCCCGUCGGUGCAGGCAACCACUCUGACGACGAGGCCGAGUCCCAGCCCGAGCCGCCGAUGCCAGUGGCGGCGCAGGACGAGAGCAGCAACGAGGGCAAGGCGAGCAACGAGGGCGAGGACAACAAGGACAAGGAGCCAGCGCGCGACGCCACGCAGCUGCUGAAGCGCGCCAAGCUGAUGCGCCUCAAGGCGAAAAAGGCAAAGACGGACGAGAAGCGGCGCGACCUGCUGCGCCAGUGCAAGGACCUCGAGCGGCAGGCGAGUGCGGCCAACGGCGAGCGCGGCCGCGACAAGGGCAAGGGCAAGUCCAGCGAGCAGCAGGGCGGCAAACAGACGGUGCUGGAUGCCGAGGGCAACGUCGAAACGAACCCGUGGAAGGUCAUGGAGGCUGAGCGGAGGCGGGGCAACGAGGAGCGGAACGCACACCGGCGGGAGAAGCGCGCCGAGGAGCGCCUCGCCAGCCAGCGCUGCUACGCCUGCCGCGGCCUGGGCCACUCGGCAAAGGACUGCCAGGCGUCGACGUUUGACGGCGAGGAAGCAGCAGCAGCAGCAGCAUCGGCAGCAUCGGCAGCAUCGGCAGCAUCGAAGCAGGAAGAGAAGAAGAAGAAGCAGGCGCUGCCGCCAAACGAAGCCAAGGAGUGCUGCUACCGCUGCGGGAGCACCGAGCACAACCUGUCCAAGUGCCGGCGACCGGCGCCCAAGGUGGGCCCGCAGCUGCCGUUUGCGAGCUGCUUUGUGUGCCAGGCCAAGGGCCACAUUGCAUCGCAGUGCCCGCAGAAUGCCGGCAAGGGCAUCUACCCCAACGGUGGCUGCUGCAAGCUCUGCCGCUCCGUCGAGCACCUCGCGCGCGACUGCGAUCUCAACAGGAAGUCGACGGCCGACUUUUCCAAUGCUGCUGUUGGCAUGGGCGUGGGUGCCGAGCUUGGUCCUGGCCACAAGCGCAAGCGGCAGGCCGGCGCCGACGAGGACGACUUCCACGCCCUGUCGCGCGCGCGCAUCGAGGUGGACACCGCUGCUGCUGCUGCUUCUGCGUCACGCUUCGCUGCCAAGCCCCACAAGAAGGUCGUCUCGUUCUGAGCAUUACUCUCUUCUCUGUUACUGUACUACUAUUAUUUCAUUCCACUGCAAUCUCC